UCUUGAUGUUCCGACAGCUGCUGCAAACUUGUUCGCUGGUGGAAGCCGCAGGAUGUUGAUAAACAUCCUGCACCAACUCAAUUAAACGAAUGUGCAGAAGAGUUUCAAACGUCUGGACCAGCUCAAGCGAUUGCAGAAGAGUUGAAUGGGGAAAGUUUGGACCGUGUUUGCGGUUGUUUUAUAAAAUGCAGAGUCACUGACCGGGCCUCACAUCUGCAGAAGGAAUUCCAUGGUGUUAGUGUGGCGACAGAGAGGUGCAACGUGUGUUUGGGACCGGGAGUUUUGGAGUUUGAGGGAAAUAAAAGCGGUGGGAAGGACAGACUCCAUGGCUCAGGAAAAGAAGAAAGGAGGGGUCCUUCCUCCUGAUGGAGGGUGGGGAUGGAUGAUCGUGGCUGGCUGCUUUGUGGUAACUGUUUGCACAAGAGCUGUUACAAGAUGCAUCUCCAUAUUCUUCGUUGAGUUUCAGAUGCACUUUGCAAGAGAUUACUCUGGGACGGCAUGGAUUCAUUCAUUAGUAGACUGCACAACCAUGCUGUGUGCUCCACUCGGAAGCCUGAUCGGAAAUCGGUUGUCAUGCCGUGUAGCUGUAAUUCUAGGAGGAUUCCUGGCCUCCAUAGGUUUAGUCCUCAGCUCCUUCGCAACCAGUCUGGAAUAUCUUUACCUUACCCUGGGAGUUUUAACUGGGCUUGGCUUCGCCCUUUGCUACACUCCUGCUAUUGCCAUGGUUGGUAUCUAUUUCUGUGAGAGGAAGGCUUUGGCCUAUGGCAUUGCCAUGUCUGGCAGUGGCAUCGGGACCUUCAUCCUGGCCCCAGUAGUGCAGCUGCUAAUCGAACACUACUCGUGGCGAGGGGCCCUCCUCAUUUUAGGGGGCUUUGUGUCUAACCUGUGUGUAUGUGGAGCUCUGUUACGGCCUAUCAUUCUAAAAGAAGAGGAGGCCUGUCCUCUUCCAGUAGACUCAGAGUGCGAGUAUGGUGUUAAGCCACCCGGCGUUCCUACGGGGAAGGCUGUGGAUGACAAAUUAGAAGUGGACUCUAAACAACGUUGUCUUCAGUCCAUGCAGGAAUACCACUUUUUGCUCAUGCCUGACUUCCUGGUGCUGGCAGGCUCCUUCCUGCUGCUGGCCAGCGGGUGCAGUCUGCCAUUUGUGUACCUAGUACCAUACGCGCUGGAUGUAGGGAUCGGUCAUCAGCAUGCUGCCUUCCUGAUGUCCAUACUAGGGGUCAUCGACAUCGUUGGCAACAUCACAUUUGGCUGGCUCACUGACAGGAGGUGUCUGAAGAAGUACAGGAAUAUAUGCUACAUGUUUGCUGUGGGAAUGGAAGGACUAUGCUGUCUUUUUAUCCCCCUCUUGCACACAUUUGUCUUGCUGGUACCCUUCUCUGUGCUCUAUGGAUACUUUGAUGGUGCCUAUGUUGCCCUCAUUCCUGUUGUAACAUCAGAUGUUGUAGGGACAACAUACCUGUCUUCAGCUCUUGGAGUUGUGUACUUCCUCCAUGCUGUUCCCUAUCUGGUCAGCCCACCCAUUGGAGGUUGGUUGGUAGACACCACAGGGACUUACACGGCGACGUUCUUUCUGAGUGGGUUUGCCCUGAUCUCCAGUUCUCUCCUGCUGUUCUCAGUCGCCGUCAUUCGCCGUUGUCAGAGAAACCAAAAGAACAGUCUGAGCAAAGACCCAAAACUGGUGUCAUGUGAAGGCAAACAAGUAGACUAUUAUACUUCUAAAAAAAAAGACUUGUUGAUAAUUAUACCAGCCACUUCAUAGCGUUGGGAUAACAAUUUGUAUUUUUUUUUUUGCCUAGUUCUUUGUUUAAUCAAAUUUUGCUAGCAUAUAUAGGGUCAGUAAUAAUGUUUAAUUGACAGAGGAAUUGUUUGUGUAUAUUGUGCCUUUUAUUGGCUUUCUGUUCAAAAGAAAUUCUCAUCUACAUUAGAAAAAAAAACACACACACACACAGAUCAAGAUUUUUGUAUAUAUUUUCUCCAUCUCUCAAAUUUCACAGUAAUAAUGUGUAAGCAGUCACUGCGUUUUCCUCUAUACAAUUACAAAUGAAAGUCAUGAUAACUGAAGCUCCAGUUGUAGUAUGUUAUUUAGGUCAGUAGAGGGCAGUGCUGAUACCUAGAUAUCUGGACAGUCUGAACUGUUUC